AUGUCGGAGCAGCUUCGCGGCAAAGUUCCCGAUCUCCAGAACUUCAAAAGAAAACCUCCCUCACCCACCUCCACCAUUUCCCCUCCACUCUUUGUAAUGGCAAGACCAUUGAUUUUGCCGUUACAAUGGCGUCAAUUACAAGCUCUCUCUCCGAAAGCCCACACCUUGCGUCCGGCGCAAUCUCGCACUGCUCGAGCUAUCACCAAUAGCAACACGUCGAAACGGCCCUUCCACACAACCCAAACUCGAUCAGCUAUCAGGCCUUCUCGCAAAGCACCAUCCGUUCGAAAACAAGCGAGGAAUAAUAUUGUACCUGAGAAUGUGUUAGAAGGCCCAAAUGGAACAAAAUUGGAUCGCGACGGGUUUUGGAACGGUUAUUGUGUCGACCAUGUUGAACCAACACUGGCUGAGUUUAAGCAAUACACACGCCAAUUGUAUGAACGAUUUAUUCCCAUUCUACCGCCGGGAGUCAACAUGGCGACGUUCGCGUCAGUGGGUGAACAGUUGAUUAGGCUAUCACACUCGCAGUUCCCUUCUGCAAGUUUUGUUCGGAGUAUAUCAGUAGAUGUCGACGCCGUUUAUCGAAUCGCACUCACUCUUGCAGAGAUUCAAAAUGGCCAAUACAUUGUUCAAUGGGCAUUGACCAGCUGCGCAAAAGCGAAUUCGCGCCGAGCCCUGGUCGACCUCAUGACACGGUAUAUGGACUCGAAAAAUGUGGACAUUUACCGGAAUACCGAGUACAUGGCGCGGGUCAAAGACUUGGCCAUCAAAGACGAAUACCCUCAUGCGAUUAUGCUAUAUGCCAAACUGCUCAUCUGGCGCGGCGAACACGAACAAGCCGCUCGGCUUCUGGAGCAGAAGAUUCUACCAUACCUGCAGCCAACUCGGUCAAUCCCUGCCUACUGGGAGGAUAUAAUGUUAGCGGGUAGGUUCGAUUCGCCCUGGCGACUGUACGCUGCUGCCGUUGAGAAGGAACGAGGUCUCGAGGGUAUCCAGAGUGCCACGCGCCGAGCCGCCGUGGAGUUCCACGACCCAGUCGCCAUGACUGACUACGCCAUUACAUUGUUGGAAACGGAGAGUCUCAGCAAAUACGAAGAGUACGAGUCGUUCGUGACCAGCGCUGCGCUUGCGGGACAUGCUCCAGCCUGCUUUUACCUUGCCAAUUUCUAUUACCGCACCUCUCAAGGCGAAUUUUUAACCGAAGCAGAGCGGCAUUCGAAGAGGAGGGAAGAGGACAAUGCUGCGCGUAGCGUCUGGUCGAGACCCUUCGAGCCUAUAUCAAAUUGGGUUUAUACGGUGUUCAACCAACCCAUGGAUCACAAGACAUACCGCAAGCUUGCGAUGGAUUGGUACGAGCUUGCUUUUGAUAGGGGAAACAAUGAGGCUGGGUAUAUCCUGGCUAUGCUCUUCCGUGAGGAUGGCGAUAUGGAGAAGAGCCGUGAGAUGUACAAGCGUACUGCUGAAAUGGGUCUUCCGACCUCGUUGUCGAAGAAGAGUUUGUUAGAGAUGAAGGAUAAGUGGGAAGACCGGACGGUCAACCCUGGUCUGCCUCCUAAACUCUUGAGGAUUAGUUAG